AUGGAAAAACUGCAUGUGGUGAAGAACUUAACACGGCCGACCGGCGAUCGUUUGCAGUCGAUUUUUCGCGCGUGUCGCAACUCGGCGGAUCGAUCGAUCAUGAAGGAUCUGAACAGGAAGAACGAAGGCCUGCAGAACGGGCACGCGAUCGAUUCGACUGAGAACCGGAGCAACGGUGAUCCGGACGAAGAAUCUCUCAGCAAUGAAGAACCGUUGGUCGAUCCCUUCUGCUUGGAGGAGAACCCUCACAAAAUCAGCUUCGAGGACAUCACCUCGGCGGCGUUCAAGAUCAAGUGCGGGAUCGUUAACACACCUUGCGUGCGGUCUCGACUAUCGGAGCAGACAGGAAUCGAUCUGUACCUGAAGAAGGACUUCCUCCAAAUAACCGGAAGCUUCAAAGAAAGAGGGGCUAGGCACGCUCUGUUCAUGCUCACGGACGAGCAGAAGAAAAUCGGCGUGAUAUCGGCUUCGUUGGGCAAUCAUGCUCUCGCGUUAUGCUAUCACGGCUACAAAUUAAGUAUUCCAGUGACUGUGGUGAUGCCUACCUUAGCACCGAUCAUGAAGAUCGCUGCAUGCCGACAGUACGGUGCCACCGUGAUCGUCGAUGGCCACGAUAUGGGCGAGGCGAAGCGUAUUGCUCUCAAGUAUUCGAAGGAUAAAGGACUGAUCUAUAUAAAUGGUUACGAUCAUCCGGAUAUCAUGGCCGGACAAGGAACAUUGGGUUUAGAAAUUGUGGAGCAAGUGCCAGACAUCGAUGCCCUCGUGGUUCCUGUUGGUGGGGGCGGUUUGAUCGCGGGGGUGGCUUUGGCUACGAAGACUCUUCACCCUAACGUGACAAUCAUUGGUGUGGAAUCAGAAAGAUGUCCCAGUUUCUCUGCGGCAAGAAAGGCAGAUCGGCCUGUGUACACCCCCAUAGAAUCCACUUUGGCCGAUGGUCUGGCAGUUCCCAUGGUGGGAUAUAACGCUUUUGCCACGGCUAACCCAUUGAUUGACAAAUUGGUCGUGGUGAAGGAGGAAUGGAUUGCCAUCGCGAUCUUGAAGCUGGUCGAGAACGAGAAGUGCAUCGUAGAAGGUGCUGGUGCAACCGGAUUGGCGGCCAUAUUGGCUGGCCAGUUGGACGAACUCAAAGGAAAAAGGGUGGUGCUGCCGCUCUGUGGAGGCAACAUCGAUACGACGAUCUUAGGGAGAUGCCUGGAGCGAGGUCUGGCCGCCGAAGGUCGCCUUCUGAAGUUCACAGUGACAGUGUCCGAUAGACCUGGCGGUAUCGCGGAGCUCUGUAAAAUGCUAGCAAGCAUUGGAGUCUCGAUAAAGGACAUCAUGCACGAACGAGCAUGGAUCAUGUCGGACAUUUUCAGCGUGGACGUGAAAGUUGUCUGCGAGACCACGGACAAAGAACAUGCUGAGCGGUUGAAGAAUAUGUUGAACCGGAACUACCAGAAAGUGGUAUUCGGCACCACCGAUAUGAUCACUAUGGGCAUGCAACAGUGACCGUAUGUUAAGCGAUUAAAAGAUCCCAUUGGUCAUGAAACUAGCAUUUUUAAGAUCACAAGAAAUUUUAAGGGAUCUUAAAAAAGAUUGGACAUUUUAUGUACAUAUAAGUGAUACUUGAUAAAUUCUCAGUUAAUCAAACUUCCAAACUAUGAAACGUUCUUCGAGAGUCUUUAUUGAUUACUGUAAACUAGGAUAUUUAUAUCGAUUUAUAUCAGGAACCGAUCGAUCCGAUGUGAAAGUAAACUUUUGUAGUAAUAUUCAAAAA